AUGGCUGCGGGCGUGGCUUCACUCGCGAGGGAUUUCGGUUCACCCGCUGCUUUUCCUCUGGAUUCGACUCCGAGAGAAACCCGACGCAGUUCGUCUCGUGCUUCACGUAAAACCACCCGCGAACCCGAAUCCCACUCAUCGUACUCUUUGCCUCCCACGCCCCUCACCACCUCUUUUGAAGAAUCUUUUCCCUCUGCAAAACGCCGCAAGACGCAACGCUCCGUCGCCCAAGACGAGAAGAACGUGACGUCUCAAGAGCCUACAGAGAACCCGGCAUCUCUACAGACCAGCGUGUCUAGAAAACGAGACCGCCAGCGAAAGUCAGCCCUGAAUAGCAGUGAAGCCGUUCACCUGGCGACUCCCACUGCCUCCACUUCCAAGCCAAAGUCGCGACCUGAGCAGUCUCAGUCGACUUUGCAUCAUUUUCUUUCCAAAAAACCCCAGGACCGACGCAAGUCUCUGGCUACGCCAAACGCGUCUUCAGCCAAUCACAAAACCAUUCACACUCACUCUGACGACGACCCAUUCACCAUGAGCACUUCGGUCUCCAGCCGUAAGACCCGCCAGUCCAUGCCAGCCCAGCUGAACGGCCUGGACGGCGACAAGAAGGCAUCUUCGGUGGAGAGUAGUGCUUCUGUCUCUACCCCGCAGCCCUCUCAUAGCCGAAACCCCCAAGGUGCCAAGAUGACCAAGACUCCUGCACAAGUCAGACUUGAGUCCAAGACUUCUACAAACUCUGCCGCUAAAGCUCCCGGUCAGAGUGGCACGAAGCCUACGACUCCUGCUGUGCAGCCUCGUUCCACUCCUACCAAUGCAUCCACCCGAUCUCGCCGUUAUGGACGCAAGUCUUUUGCAAAUGCACAGUCGACGCCAGUUGAAGCCACUGCGAGCAACCGCAAGCCUACAUCUUCGGUCGUCACUAGAACCAGCUCUCGCCCCCAGCGUUCGACCAGAAAGCUGGCCGCCGACGCCGCCAUUAACCACCAAUCUUUGGAUCACUUGUCAGCCCCCAACACACCCUUCCGCCGGGAGAUUGCCGACAGCAUUGAAAGCACGCCUGCUGUUGAUGACAAAGCCACCGGGUUUGAAGCCACGCCCGGCUUUGAGGUGGACACCCCGGGUCUCGAAGGCAACACUCCAUACGGUGAAAGCUUCCCUUUCGAUUACCACUCCGACAUGUAUCGCAACAACUUUGGUCUCGAUGGUAAUCUCGAUGCUCCAGGGUCCCCCACUGCUAGCUUCUCUACUACUACAUCAGCCGCUCGUACUUCGGGACGCACCAGAAAGCCCACUACCAAAGCCAUGGAGUCAAUAGAGUCAGAACGGCGGUUCCGUCGGAAUCGCACACCGUCGGUGAAGCCAGACCCCACUCCGAAGGAAACUGGGGUUUCGGCUGGCAAGGCGCGCGUGAAUCAACCCACGACGCUGCCCAACAUGCCAGCCCCGGCUACGCAGGCGGUCGAGCUGGAUCCAGUGGUCAUCGCGAACCGGAUGCUUGACCUGGCCGCGGUGGCCCUUGCCCCAGAAUUUGAACCGGCGCCAGAAGUGGAAGUGUGGAUGGAGGAACUUCGACAGGAAUUCACCAAGAAGCAAGAGGGCGAGACGCAGCCCAAGCCCGAGACACCAGCGGAGGCAGGGGCUGGGGGUUCAAGUAAGCCCCAUUCACCAUCUGACGCCAACCGAUGGACUGACGAGGACGGCUUCAUCUACACAGGCCAACUGAACGAAUUUGGCGAGGAGCUGGUCACCGUUGGGCCCGGAUACGCCUGGUACCGGCCCAACAACACAUAUGGAGACCAGCAACUCCCCCAGCCCCCAGUCCGCUUAAAGUCUCAUGAGCAACUGGAAAAGGAUAGGAUCUUUGGGUUUCCGCCGCUCAUGGGAGAGCGGAACCUGCCUCGCGAGGCGCAGACUUUCUACUACGAGAAUGUCGAUGAGGUCAAAGCGUCGAUCAAAGCCCAGAAGGAAGCCAAGAAGAGGGGCAUUGUCGUGGAUCGAAUGAUGACGGCGGCCUACAUCCAGGCAUUGAUCGCUCAGCACGACGAGAACGCUGCGAAGGAGGGGCUCACUGAGGUGAAGGGGACCAAAGAGCCGACCCGCAAGCGGCGCCGUGGUGAGGCAUCAGAGAAUACCCAGGUGUCCAAACGACGACGAAGAGAGCCAACGCCGGUCCCCGAGCCGCCCAAGACGCUGCGAAUCAAGCUGACCCUGAAGGGAGCGGCGGCGGCGGCAGCUGCAGCAACCAAGAAGCGAUAUCAUUCCGACAUGGAGGAAACGCCCGCGGAGACUACCAGUCAGGAGGAGCGGCCCAGUCCAUCCAAGAUUCUCAAGCUGUCGGGCCUUCGUCGCAAUUUUGCCGUCGAAUCUACUUCGACGCCUUCCACUCCUGGGACCGACACGAAGAAAAACACCUCGAAUGGGACAUCUGAUACUUCGGAGGCGGGACCCUCGGAACCGAACCUGGGCACGACGCCUGGAGGGCGUCCUCGUCGUCGCGCGGCAGCUGCCUUGAUGGCCGAAUUCCAGAAUCAUGCUGAGCAGAGGGCACGUCGAGCCAAUGCACGAAAAAAGGGGGGAUCUAGCGACAAGCCGGAUGAUCCAGACCACGCCCAAGCCUGA